AUGGCAACUCGACAUCCGACCCUUACGCUGCCGUUUGCCGAGCGGGCAAAGACGGCCGACCACCCUCUCACCCGGUACCUCUUUCGGCUGAUGGACCUCAAGGCCUCGAACCUAUGCCUCAGCGCCGACGUUACGACCGCCCGCGAGCUACUGGCCCUGGCCGACAAGGUGGGCCCGUCGAUCGUGGUGCUCAAAACACACUAUGACCUGAUCUCGGGGUGGGACUACAACCCGCAGACUGGGACAGGGGCCAAGCUGGGGGCGCUCGCGCGGAAGCACGGAUUCUUGAUCUUCGAGGACCGCAAGUUUGUCGACAUCGGCAAGACGGUCCAGAUGCAGUACACGGCCGGGACAGCACGCAUAAUAGACUGGGCGCACAUCACCAACGCUAAUAUUGACGCCGGCAAGGAUAUGGUGCGCGCUCUGGAAGAGGCGGCGGCCAAGUGGAAGGCGAGGAUCCACUAUGAAGUCAAGACGUCUGUCACAGUCGGCACGCCGCUGUCGGACCAGUUUGACGAGGGCGAGGAGCAGGAGGCGGCACAGGGGCAGACCGGCCAACGGCGAGACGAGAAAGGUGAGCAUACCCAGUUGGAUAAAAAGGGGCUUCAUCCUCACUCCCAUCAAGGCAGCAGAGACAUUGACGGCCGGAAAGGAAGUAUUGUCUCGGUCACCACGGUGACACAGUCAUUCGAGCCCGCAGACUCGCCGCGGUUGUCUAAGAACCACGACAACGGUAGCGAUGACGCCGUCUUCCCCGGCAUCGAGGAGGCACCCGCCGACCGUGGCCUGCUAUUACUCGCGCAAAUGUCGACCAAGGGCUGUCUCAUGACCAAGGACUACACACAGGCUUGUGUCGAGGCCGCACGCGAGCACAAGGGCUUCGUCAUGGGAUACGUCGCGCAGGAGGCGCUGAACUCUGCCCCUGACGACACGUUCGUCCUUAUGACCCCCGGCUGUAAGCUUCCACCACCAGAGGAGGAGGGCAGGGAGGAGGACGGAGGUCCGAUCGGGGGCGACGGGCUUGGGCAGCAAUACAACACCCCGAGCAAGUUGGUGACCACGCUGGGCACGGAUAUUGUGAUCGUUGGGCGCGGCAUCAUCACGGCGGGCGAUCCACCGUCGGAAGCGGAGCGGUAUAGGAGGAAGGCGUGGAAGGCGUAUCUGGCAAGACAGCAGCAGUGCGACCGCAAGUUCCCCUGCACCAACUGUGUGUCCCGCAACAAGGAGAACUCAUGUCGUUACGAAACCGGCGCCCCAACCGCCAAACAACACGGUCGACGAGCCACCGCGGCCCAAUCAUCCAAUGGCCGCCAUGUGAUUGAAGGACAAGAUUACCAAGAUGCCAACACUACGACGAGUGCCAUCUCCCUACCUACCAAGGCGGCCGCCACGUUCGGGUACUCCCACGCCACUGCCAACACCCUAGGCUUCCUCCACCACAUCGAGACCACCAAUAUUCAGCCCGACGACGACGAUGACGACGAUACUAACAACACCCCGAGGUCGGAUCUUGACGGCACGGCGACCAACACCGCAGCCCCAUCCCCCACCAACAACUCUUCUCCAGCAAAUACCAUAGCAGCUGUGCCCAUCGACACAGCGACCCGCGACCGCUACAAAAUCCUCAUCCGCCAGUUGCCCACCCGCUGCGCCAUCGAAAAGCUCGCCACGCUCUACUUUACCGAGUUCAACCCGCACUACGGCAUGAUGGACCGUGACGUCUUUGAUGCCCAGCUCGCGGCGUGGUACCGCAUCCCUUUCAGUCUGUUGUCGACUGGAGCAGGCCCGGCAGCGUUAAGCGCUGAGAUGCGGGCGUUCCCAGCGGUGGUGUUUCAAAUGUGCGCUGUCGGCUUGUUGGUGGUGGAUGAUACAGACGUCCGUUCUCCGGCGACCUACGGGGAGUGGUUGGGGGAGUUGAAGUAUGCCGGUGGCAUGACAUUUGAGGACCUGGCUAGAGAAUACAGUGAUUGCAGUAUGGAAGUGUUGAACGUGCUAGGCAAGAGGGGGAUGGGAGUGAACACGGUGCUGGCAGGGUGGAUGAGAGCGAGUUGGCUAAAGUACGUCGGGCUUGUGACCGAGGCCUGGCAUGCCAUCGGCUCGGCAAUGCGCGACGCGCAGGAAAUCGGCAUGCACCGCGACAACCUAGACCCACGGCCAUCUAGUCCUAGCGCCGAAGCGAUCCUUGAGAACCAGUGGCUUAUCCAGCAGCGCCGCCGGACUUGGAUGACCCUCGUCACCUGGGACAUCCACAUGGCGUGUGUGUUGGGGCGACCGGCCACCUCUGACCUCAGUAUGGCGCCUCCUUCAUUGCCCAUCGACACUCCCCUUCCUCGAGAAUUCGACCGUUCGCGUACCCCCGUGCUUCCACGUGGUGACCAUGAUCCGCCCACGCCCAUCACGCGCGCGCUGUGGCAAUACAUGGUGCUACGCCCACUCAAGGAGAUCAUCGAGAUGGAAAAGGACGGACCCUGCCCCAAGGACUUUGCGCGAGUCGACCGGCUACACAACGAGCUGCUGGACUUGGAUGCGCGCAUGCCGGCCUACUUCCGGCUCGAGAACCCGGAUACGCGGUUUGAUGCGUUGCCCGAGUGCGCCUGGUUGCCACUGUCCCGCGUAAUCAUGCCGCAAAUAUUGACCUUUGAGCUUAUGGCGCUGCACCGGCCAUAUAUCUUCACUCGACCGAAGAGCCGGACCGAGGCGCUCAAGGCGAGCUUGAGCAUGUUAAACGCCCAACGACUGCACUUUUUGGCGCUUAAGCCGCAGUUCUACAAAACAUUCUCGCUCUUCUUCGGCACAUUCGACGCAAUCGUCCUCAUGGCCUCCAUCUACAUUCUCUUCCCCAAGGAGCACCCGGACCUAACGCAGCGGGCGAUCCAGCACUUCCACUGGGCCGUCGAGCGUUUCGAGGCCAUGUCGGAGCGCAACUCGUUGGCCAAAUCUGCCCUCGGUGUCUUGCACGCCAUCUGUGUGCGAAUGACCAAGGCCCUAGGCCUAUCUAGGGCGGCUGCGCAGAAGCUUUUGCUUCCGGGCGUGAGUGCCGCUUCGCCGAUGUGCCUCACCCCUAGCACGACAUCCCCAGCGAGCUACAACCCGUCCCCAUCGAUGCGCUCAGGGACAAGUCUCAGCACAGCCAUUACUACGCCAGCGGAUGACAGCUCAUCAUUCCAUCAGUGGAAUCCACCUCAAGAUUUUGACUGGUCUAGCCUGCAACCGAUCUAUGCUACGAGCGAUCUGAUUUAUCAUAAUCUUAGCCGGACCGGGCCGCUACCACCGAGAGGGGAUGGCCCUGGGUAUGGGAAUGGAACGGGAGGUGCAAGUGGAGACGGUGGUCUGGCGUGGAAUGGGUAUCAGCAGCAGCAGCAAGCCGGGUAUAACCAUGGGCAACAGCCACCGCCACGGCAGCAGCUGGCGACAGAGUUUACGUCGGGGGGCGGGACAGGGGUCAAUAUUGGGACUUGUCCUGUGGCGGGGGAAGGCGGUCAAGGGCCUGUGCCCGCGUAUUGUCAGUUUGGGGGUGAUUUUGGAGAUGAUAGCGUGUGGAGUUUGCUGAAUCAGUACUCACCGAUCUAG